AUGGAAGCGUUCCAAGACCAGACAAGAUGUGCAGUUUGGCUUAGAACAGAGAGGUCUGCCUAUAUCAGACAAAAACCAUAUGCCCGAUACACCAGCAUCAAACUGGAGCGCGUCCUGUCUCUACUCCCACUCGUUCUGCAGGUUGUGACAUUGGUCUCGUUGCUUGCUGCCGCCGCCCACGUGGGGCACCCGUACACUGUGCCGCACUACGUGCCCCUGUAUCCUGACGCCUACCCGCAAUACAGCUUCGGCUACACUGUCCAGGACGCCCUGACCGGUGACUCGAAGACCCAGCAUGAGACGCGGGAUGGUGGCGUCGUUAAGGGCAGCUACAGCCUGGUGGAGCCCGACGGCACGACGCGUAUCGUCGAGUACACUGCACAUCCCGUCCAUGGAUUCAACGCCGUCGUACAUCGGCGUCCUUCCGUGGUGAAGGUGGCACCUGUGUAUCACGGUUACCAACCGCACCAUUACUGA